AAGAGCGAAAACAAAAACUAAUCCUUUCGAAGCUACGGUUCCCUUUCUUCUUCUUCUUGAGCUCCACACACAGAGACGACGAAGGAGAGAGAACGAUUUCCAUGCAUUCUUUAACUUUGAACUCCCCAUUACUCUACACAACAUGGCUCUUCUCUUCAUUUAUCCACUCCUUCUUCUCUCUUUCCCUCGCCGAUCCUCGAAUCACCCAAUCCGGCCUUUUCUGCGGCAACUCAACACGUUUCAAGGACCUCAUCCCAGCUUUUGUUAAAGAAAUGGGAACUCUUUCGCAGCUCAUAACCAAUGCCCACUUCGCCACUUAUCACCUCAACAACUCCCCGAUUCCCAUAUACGCUUUAGCCCAAUGCCAUGGAGACCUCUCGCAGACUGAUUGCCUCCUCUGCUACGCCGCUUCUCGCACCAAGAUCCCCCGUUGCCUGCCCUCCGUUUCUGCUCGCAUCUAUCUUGAUGGGUGCUUUCUACGCUAUGAUAAGUAUAAUUUCUUUCAGGAAGCUGUGUCCCCUUCUCUUGAUUCUCGCAAAUGUAGCCAGGAAAAAGCUUUGGGUUCUGGGGAUGAGAGUUUGAAGCUGAAAUUUGUAACGAAUGUUGGGUACUUGGUUGCUAAUGUGACUCAUAAAGCUGUGGAGAAUGGUGGAUUUGCUGCCAUGGGGAUUGAGGGCGUUUACGCUUUGGCUCAGUGUUGGGAGAGUGUUGGGGAAGAUGGGUGUAUGGAGUGUUUGGAGAAGUCGGAGAAGGCGGUUAAAGGAUGCUUGCCAAGCAAGGAAGGCAGAGCGAUGAAUACUGGCUGCUAUUUGAGAUACUCUACAGACAAGUUUUUUAAUCAUGAAGGAGAAUUAGAGGAUGCUCAUAGAUUUUCUGGCUUAUUAGGAGUCACCAUUGGUAUUGCUUUAGCAGCAGUUGCACUUCUCAUGCUGUGUCUCCUCGCAGCUUAUGCCAGAUAUAGAAACUUACUGAUAAAAAAAGAAGAACGCAUCAAUCUCGAAAAAAUUUCAAUCAGCUUCAACAAAUCAAGCUUGAAUUUCAAGUAUGAGACCCUGGAAAAGGUGACAGAUUAUUUCAACCCGUCAAGGAAAAUAGGCCAAGGAGGAGCUGGUUCUGUAUUUGUAGGGACUCUUCCAAAUGGGCAGACUGUUGCAGUUAAAAGAUUGAUUUUCAAUACAAGGGAAUGGGUGGAUGAGUUCUUCAAUGAGGUGAACUUAAUCAGUGGAAUUCAACACAAGAACCUUGUGAAGCUUUUGGGAUGCAGCAUUGAAGGUCCUGAGAGCCUUCUGGUUUAUGAAUAUGUCCCUAACAAAAGCCUUGAUCAUUUCAUUUUCGGGAAAAAUAGAACCAGAAUUCUAAAUUGGAAGGAGAGGUUCAAUAUAAUUGUUGGAACAGCAGAAGGGCUUGCAUUUCUUCAUGGAGGCUGUAAAGAGAGAAUAAUCCAUAGGGACAUUAAAAGCAGUAAUGUUCUUCUUGAUGAGAAUCUAACUCCAAAGAUUGCAGACUUUGGACUUGUUCGCCGUUUUGAUGCUGAUAAGACUCAUCUUAGCACUGGAGUUGCAGGAACAAUAGGGUAUAUGGCUCCGGAGUAUUUGAUACGAGGGCAGCUAACUGAGAAAGCUGAUGUUUACAGUUUUGGAAUAUUGGUUCUCGAAAUCGUAAUGGGUAAAAGGUGUAAUGCUUUCAUAGAGGACUCCAAAUCAAUUCUGCAAACGGCAUGGCAACUUUACAGAUCAAAUAGACUGGAUGAAGCUGUUGAUCCUUGCCUGAGAAAUGACUUUCCAGUACAGAAGGCGUCCCGAGUGCUUCAAAUCGGCCUUCUAUGUACACAGGCUUCAGUUGCCUUAAGACCAUCCAUGGCAGAAGUGGUGAGGAUGCUAAAUACUAGUGAUUGUGUAAUUCCUCCCCCAAAUCAACCUCCUUUUAUAAAUGCUACUCUGUUAGAACCUGAGAGCUUCAGAAGAUUCAACCGAACAAAUAGUUUUGUAUCAAAUGCUGCUACAAAACUUGAAGUUUUUUCCCACAGUUCCUCAGAGUCAUCUAGCUUGAAUAGCUCAUAUAGGCCAUCAAGAAGUGAAGAAUUACGACAGGAAUAAAACCUCAACUAGAUUUUCUAUGUUUCAAAGGUUGCCAAGUACAAAGGUUCCCUUACAGGCAGUUUUUGAGGUAAGCUCGCUUGAAAAUCUUGAGGUUAAAAAAAACACUGUAAUGUUUCGCUUCUAGCCUUGUGAUUAGGAACUCUUUAGUUAAGAAGAUUUAGAGCAAGAGGCAAGUCUGUUGUUGAUUUAAUUUGUUUUUAAGGUUAAAUAUUAAAGUUUUUCCUGUACUGUUGAUUUAA